GUUACUCAGCUAAAAAUCGACAAUAACCCAUUUGCCAAAGGUUUUCGUGAUGCCGGUGCCGGAAAACGGGAAAAAAAACGGCUGAUGAUUAAACAGGAAAUUAAUGGUGCAAAUCCAAAAUGUGACGACAACGAAACAGAAUCUUUGAUGCGUCCAAGCACAUUUUUUACUGCAAAUGGUUUUACGCCACCAGAAUUUUCAUUCUAUGCACCAACUGCAGCUGCAGCUGCAGCAGCAUUUCCUAGAGAAUUUUUUUUACAGGCCGCACAUGCAGCACAAUUUUCACAGUAUUUUGUACAACGUCCAACAUUACCGGCAACAGUACCUGUAUCGGUGACCAGUUCACCACCUGUUACCAAGAAAAGCGGUUUUGAUGUAUCUGAUCUCCUUGCUAAGCCAUGA